CCUUCAGCAGAAUUCAUGCUUCCAUUUAUCACAGCAAGUCUUCCAGUUCCUGAAGACCAUCACACUACCACCACCAUAUUUCACUGCUGCUAUGAUGAAAUGCAGCCUUACUUUUACGCCAGAUGUAAUGGGACACACAAGUUCAACUUUCACUCAUCAGACCACAGAGUAUUUUCCCACGGGAAAUUGAGACGAGCCUUAAUGUUGUUUUUGUUCAGCAGUGGUUUUGGUCUUGGAACUCUGCCAUGCAGGUCGUUUUUGCCCAGCGUCUUUCUUAUGGUGGAGUCAUGAACACUGACCUUAACUGAGGCAAGUGAGGCCUGCGGUUCUUUGGAUGUUGUUGUGGGGUCUUUUGUGACCUCUUGGAUGAGGCGUGGCUGUGCUCUUGGGGUCGUUUUGGUUGGCCGGCCCCUCCUGGGAAGAUUCACCACUGUUCCAUGUUUUGGCCAUUUGAGGAUAAUGGCUCUCACUGUGGUUGGCUGGAGUCCCAAAGCUAUAGCAAUAGCUUUAUAACCUUUUCCGCACUCUCCCGGGGGCGGGUUGAAGAAGGUCACACAAGGUCAUGUAGCUUUGGAUUGUUUUCUCCCUUUAGUAAUAAAAAGUGUUGUGCUGUCAUUGACUAAUAUUUACAUUAGUUCGAUGACCUGAAACAUUGAAGUGGGACAAACAUGCAAAAAUAAGACAUCAGGACGGGGGCAAACCCUUUUUCACACCACUGUAUUUUUAUGGAAACAAAGAAAUGUACAUAAAUGAAAAUAAGUCAUUUCAUGGCUAAAAGAAAUAAACACAGAAGUCGUCUUUUCUUUGUUUUUAGUGAAAGUCACUUUAGAAUGUAAAAGAAUCUUAGAAUGAAAUGAAAAGCAUUUAGAAGAUGGGUGCUUGGCGCAUCCCUAAUAUUCUUACCCCACAGCAGCAACACGUUAUUCAAUUAUUCAAUUAGCUGCAUCAGCACAAUGUUUGGUUUUGGUGUGCUUCCACUCCCUCCGCUCCGUCUUUAAAUGGAUAUCAAAUAUUACAUUGAUUAUGUUUAUUAGCACUCCCUCGCUCGCACGCGCGCACACACGCACACACACACGGUGGUUUGGGCUCUGUGCUCCCCUCAUCCUCCCCCACUCUUUCCACCCCCUCCGAGCUGCUCAUUGUGCAACUUGGAGGUGGGAUGCUGUCAGGCAGCUCUCGGCAGUCUGCGCCUCGCCUCCAACGUGAGGUUCGUGCCGCCGCUGUACGCCUCGCCUUACUUGUACAGAGAGAAGAGAAUCCUUCUGUGCCUCCCUGCCGCUUGGCCAGCAUCAGCGUUGUCCUCUAAGAGGGAGCAAACAGGUGUUCCAUGCUACUCGUGCAGCUGCAGGACCAUGCAAAGGAGAUGAGAAGCAUGUCUGCAGUGAUCCGUGAUGGAUUUCUUUACUUUCCUGGACAUGCAAGAGCACAUUUCCUUUUUAAAUCCGGACUUGUUUGCUGUGACUGAUUGAAGCUACUGCUUACUGCUUCACUGAGCAAGUGCAGGAGUUGUUUCCAACCCUGACUUGUGAGGGCACUCGGGAGGAGGUGUAGUGCUUAUCUUCAGGCUGCCAAAGUGGCCAUGGCCGCAGCCAUCGCCAGCUCCCUCAUUCGGCAGAAAAGGCAGGCGAGGGAGCGGGAAAAGUCCAACGCCUGCCGCUGUGUCAGCAGCCCCAGCAAGAGCAAAGGCAACUGCGACAAGCCCAGCCGGCUUAACGUCUUCUCCCGGGUCAAACUCUUUGGGUCCAAGAAGCGGCGGAGGAGACGGCCAGAGCCCCAGCUGAAGGGGAUCGUGACCAAGCUGUACAGCCGACAGGGGUUCCACCUGCAGCUGCAGGCAGACGGAACCAUUGAUGGAACCAAGGAGGAGGACAACGGCUACACCAUGUUCAACCUUAUUCCAGUGGGUCUGCGAGUGGUGGCCAUCCAGGGGGUUCAGACCAAACUCUAUCUGGCCAUGAACAGUGAGGGCUUCCUGUACACGUCGGAACACUUCACGCCGGAAUGCAAAUUCAAGGAGUCGGUGUUCGAGAACUACUACGUGACUUACUCCUCCAUGAUAUACCGCCAGCAGCAGUCGGGCAGGGGCUGGUACCUCGGUCUGAACAAGGAGGGGGAGAUCAUGAAGGGCAACCACGUGAAGAAGAACAAGCCGGCGGCCCACUUCCUUCCCAAACCUCUGAAAGUGGCGAUGUACAGAGAGCCAUCCCUCCACGACCUAACAGAGUUCUCCCGCUCCGGCAGCGGCACGCCCACCAAGAGCCGGAGCGCCUCGGCGAUGCUGAAUGGCGGCAAAGCUGUGAGCCAGAACGAGUCAACGUAGCCCCGCCUUUGGGACUGAACCUUGAAACCUUACCUCCAGCAGAGCGUGAAUCCAAGCAGACCCUCUCUUGUAUCAGCGGUUCAGCACUUGCUGCAACAUACCAAACAUUAACACCUAGAAAGCAUCAAUAACCAUCAUUGAAAAUCACACACAUGCAUUUAUCAUGGAUGACAGCAUUAUUAGCAAGAAACUUCAUGAACCAUUCUGGACAUUUAGUCUCUUUUGGGCUCAUGUAUGAUCUAUUUAAUCACCAGUUCUUUUGUCCUUUGCAGUUAUAUUCCUGUGCACAGCAACAUUACUGAGGUCAUGUAGACAUCGAGCACUUGUGCGUCCGUCAGACAGCGACAGGAAGCGAGUGGGCAUUCAGGGCAACCAGGGGUACAGUACAAGCUCUGGUCUGUGUCUCAUCCAUGCUUGUGUGAAUACAAAGCCUAUAAACUCCCUGGCGUGGCCCGAGGCCCGGCCAGACCGUAGCUCUCCUUGCGUCCUUGUGCACACGUUCAGAGCCUGAGCUCUGUAGCACGCUAGCACGGGGAAAUCCAGCCUAUGUUCAGCUGACCUGACAUGUCGGGUCUCAGUGUGGUGGCAGAGACGCCACAGCUGCCCUUUUUUCCUGCUAAUUUCACAAUUAGCCGAGAAGGUUUUAUCCGUUGCAUCUACCGGUUUGUGCUCUUGCCCUCUUGUUCUCCGAGCCUCGCCAUUCUUCGUAUUAUUUGUUGCACCGUUGAAAAAGGUUCCAGCAAACCAAAGACUGAACGAAAGAGUGUCCCUUUAAGUCGACGAAGCCGGUAUGAAGGCAAAGCAGGAUUUUUUUUGUGUAUAUUUUUCCUAAAUUUUGGACUAAUGCAAACAAGAGGAAGUGAUGUCAUUCACAUUGGAGGGUUGUUUUCUGAGGUACAAAACUUUUUGUACCUGUUUCCCCACACCCUUCUUGUUCUGUCACAACAUCUGUCUCUUGUCCUCGUGAUCUGUUUCCUCCCCCCGUGCUCGUGUCAUAAGCUUCCCGUCAUCCUUUUUCCCCAACUUCAUUGACUGCCCAUAGAAAUAUGGCGCCGGCCCCCCUUCCCAGGAUUGUUAUGUGUUUGAGUAACUUAUUGUGGUGAUGAUAUUUUCUAUAUUUAAAAAAAAAGAAUACUGUGGACUUUUAGGUGGCUUAACAUUUUGUAGGGACAUGUCCUAUUUGUAACAUUAAAACAAAAAAAACUAUAAAAAAGGGGCGGGGCGGGGCGGGGCAGGGCGGGGUUCAUCUUCCCUUUCUUGCACAGGCCAUGUACAAACAACCAUGUACAAAAAAGGACCCUUUUGUGUCCCUUCAAGCUCCAUAUGACGUCUUUCUGGUACAUGCUUUUUUUGCAGGACUUUCUGUUCCUGGGUUCCCUGGGGAGGUGGUUUGUAUCGUUGCAUGGAAGUACGCAGGAAAUUCUGGUCUAGAGCUGCAUGAUGUAGGCUACAUGUACUUAACCCACGUUGGAUCAUGUGUUCCAAGCCACCAGGAGAAGCUUCUAAACAACAUGAUGCAGGCAAGACAUCCAAGCUGCCUGAUGACUUCCAGUUGUUUCUUAUUUGUUGUAUACACAAAAAAUGCACUGAAUAAAAUGUUUAUAUUAAGAUAUACUUUUAAAA